AUGACUUCCUUCACCGAGAAAGGCAAAGGGAAGGAGACCGAUGUAGACUACCUCCACUUCAUCCCGGCGGAAAUAUGGCUCCAAAUCUUCCAGUCUAUGCAUGACCUCCGCGAUAUCCACGGCCUUACAGUAGCUGCUCGAACAUGCAAGAAAUUCCGCGAAUGGGCUAUCCCGAUCUUGUACUCUUCUGUCGGUCUUCAAACACACUGUCUCCAACUACAGCCACUCCCUCCCACCACCGGUAAUGAAGUCGAUGCCGCCAAAGAAGUUGAAGUCGAUGAACCCAUCGAUCUCGGAAACCCGGCAGCCCGUCGAGAUCGUGCUAAAAAGCGCUCAAUGAACAGAUAUCACUCCAAGAACCUCCCACCACGUCACGCUGUCGGUAUAUUUCCAGUCCCUCGACCAUAUUGGUGUAACUACCGCUAUAUGAACGGGGUUACGACGGACGUAGAUAUUGUAUCCGGAUACUUCGACUCGGAUCCAGAAGAUAACCUCAAGCCGUUCGUUCAACACACGAGGACUGUCGUUAUCACCAAUGAGUGCCGCCACUCCGAUUGCACAACGCUCACCAUCGAACCUGUCAUCCAGUUGGCCUCCAUGAAGAAGCUCACCAGCUUCCGAUACGCCAUGUGUUGCUCCGACGACAACAGCUUGCUUGAGUCCAUGCUCACCAAGCUUAAUGAUCCAACCCAGAAAACAGUGGCUAUGCAGGAGCUUAUCUUUGAGGAUGUUUCUAGUGUUGAUUGUCUCUACGCCAAGCUCCCACCGCUGAAUAGCUCCCUGCUCCCGUCAGAACCUCUCGGGCCGGUCCUUUCCAACAUCCGUACGCUCCACUUUCUCUGGCUUACUCGCCUGGAAACUGAGAAGCUUCGCAAUCUUCUUUGGUGUGUCAAAGAUACCCUCCGAGAGCUUGUAAUUGCGGCCAAGCAGGGACUCUCUCCGUUUGAUGUUUUUGAUGGUUGGCAGGGCCAGGGAGAGGAGGACAAGAAGCUCAAGCUCACAACCAUGGACAUUACGUUCUUCAUCGACCUUCCUAAGAAAGUCGAAGCUAUAAUGGCCGCCGUUGAUAUGCGUGUAUUGGAAAACUUUGUCGUAAACACCUACCGACCUAGCGGUCUUCCAGCCUUUAUUCUUGGCUUCAUGGGUGACCACGCCGAUGGUCAGAUCUUGCUUCGUAACCUCAGGAGCUUGUGGAUUGAAGAGCCUCUUUCAAACUACGAAGAUGUUGGCAUUUUCUGGGAUAAGAUCUGCCGUCUUCCCAAGAUUCAAAGACUUGAGACCGAAAUCGAUAAUAGGAGCCUCAUUGCCCUCCACGAUACCAUGAAGGCGCAGGCAAAAACCCGACAAGGACUAAGUCUUAAGAAGCUUUACGUUACAUUCACGGAGGAAGAGUACAAGAAUCUCGAAGCAUAUCUCGAUAAUAUCGAUAUGCGUCGAAAGAAGCUUAAUGAGAUGAAGAAUGUCGGAUUAACAUACAUCGGCUGCCAUGAGCGAUCCGCUCAUGUCAACACCUACACGAUGACGGAUAAGACAGUCCAGCCAUUCCAAGAUGUCAACGAUCUCAGCGCUUUCUUGGAGGUCCAUAAGAACUAUAAGAGCAACUUGGUUAAUGAGUCGACUUAUAACGAAGGAGAUGAAUUUGGUGGUGAAAGAAUUGUUGUCAGCUUGAACGACAAGGAGAUGAAGGCGAUGAGAGAAGGUUUAGACGCUAGUGUUACAUUGGCAAAACCGAAGGAUUUCUUCGUCGCACAUCCGUGGAAUGGGCCGUAUACCAAACUAGAUCCCACCGGAACCCAGUGUAUAUGCGCUCUCUGA